AUGGACGAUUUUGAUUCUUGCAACGGUGAUAAUGCUGUAAGUGUCAAACUAAAUGGUCCAGCAAACUACACACUUGAUGCUGGUGAUACUUAUUUCAUUUGCCUCGAGGAUGACCAUUGCGUCCAAGGACAACAGUUGGCAGUCAAGGCUUCUGCCACCGGCUCUCCGACCAGCAGCCCGUCUCCUAGGCAGUUCGCCAAUGGCCCUUCAAGCAGCAACACCCCUCCGCCACCCCCGGAACAAUCAUUUGCCGCCAGAGUUGUUAAUAUUUCUUUUAUUGUCUCUAUGUCUCUAGUGAUAGCUAACUUUUUUUAG